AUGUUUUUCUUUCGAAAGCCUCUAAACCUGAAUAAGGUAUGUUUAUUUACCACUCAUUCUGACUUAUUCUGACUCCAAGUCUUAAAUUACAGUGGCCUGCGAUCAACGAAGCAGAGGAAACAUUUCAAGAUGGAAUUAAAGAAUUGGAAAAAUACAACAAUGAUGGAGUCAGAACAUUGAGAGAAAUCCGAAAAUUGGGUGCGAAUUUGAAAAACAACCAACAUUGUUCAAUGAUUGAAAAAGUAAUUUUGAAUAAUAUUCAGAAUUAAAAGAAAAAAACUACUUUCAGCUUAUGGAUUCUUAUGCUGAGCAAGCUCAAGAAAAAUGCAAUGAAAUAAUCGGAAGAAUCAAUGAAUACAAAACAAAUUUGAUUGCAUUGAUUGAUCGGACAAUAUCGAUUAACGACAGUAAUUUGACAGAAACUGAGCGUUUGAAAUUGUCACAAGAAAUGAGAAAAUAUCAGUCUAUUGUCAUAAAAAGCUUGGAUUAUGGUGAAAGUGUUAACCGUAUCAUGCACCCAGAAAAGUUGAUGGCAGAGAUUUUGAAGUUCAUUGCAGAAUGUUUGAAAACAAUUCGUGGACAACUUGAGAUGUGCUCCUGUGAUCAAUAA